UCAGGUGGGAAGGCUUUUAUGACAUCUUAGGUGUGUCACCUGUUCUGAGGCCAAAGGGCCCAUGAAUGACUCCAGGUGUUCCAGCCCCUAAGGCAGGUGUCAGGUUACAAGACACAUAAUCAUUCCAGUUCGGCAACUUCACCUGUAGGGUUGUUUCAAUCGACCCACCCCACAGCUCCCAAAUCACUCCCGGAAUACUGUGGUGAGAGGCAGCUGGCUUGCUAAGGGGACAGGGAUGCUGGACAUGAGGGACCAAGGCCUGCCCUGCACUUAGGCUUCUUCCAGCCAGUGCUGAGCGGGGAUUACUGACCCGCUGGCCAGCUGUGGGGAGGCCUCCGCCUGACUUGGGUCGCCAGUCUCAGCUCCAGGCCGUAGGGAAAUAUGGAAGAUCACAGAGCCAGCACGGAGCCCAGCAGUGACCAACCCCUGAAUAAUAGCCAAGAUGCCGCCUCCCUGAGCAAACCCGGUACCCGUCUGAAGACCUUCAAGAAGGUGGGGAUCCCCAUCAUCUCGGCAGUGGUGGGAGUCAUGGCCAUCGUCGUUGUGGUUAUCCUCAUAAAGGAGAUUCUGGAGAGUUAUUACUUCUUCUGUGAUCAGCCCCUCCACUUCAUCUCAAGGGAGCAGGUGUGCAACGGGGAGCCAGACUGCUCCUUGGGGGAGGACGAGAAGCACUGUGUCAAGAACAUCCCUGAAGGGCCGAAAAUGUCUGUUCGCCUCUCCAAGGACCGAUCCACCCUGCAGGUGCUGGACCAGGCCACAGGGAACUGGUCCUCUGCUUGUUUCGACCACUUCACAGACGCUCUGGCCAACAUAGCCUGUAGACAGAUGGGCUAUAGCAGCAAACCUGCUUUCAAUGCUGUGAAGAUCGGCCCAGACCAGAUGCUGGAUGUUGCCGACAUCACCGAAAAAAGCCAGGGAGCUUCAUGUGCAGAACUAAGGAGCUGAAACCACAGGUCUCUUUGUGUCUCUUCCAGAUCCUGUGCCUCAGGCUCCCUGGUUUCCCUGCACUGCCUGGCCUGUGGGAAGAACCUGAAGACCCCGCGGGUGGUGGGCGGGGAAGAGGCCUCUGUGGAUUCUUGGCCCUGGCAGGUCAGCAUCCAAUACGACAAACAGCACAUCUGCGGGGGGAGCAUCCUGGAUGCCCACUGGAUCCUCACGGCAGCCCACUGCUUCCGGAAGUAUCUCCAUGUGCCCAGCUGGAAGGUCAAGGCUGGCUCGGACAGACUUGGCUACUCCCAUGGCCUAUCUGUGUCCAAGAUCAUUGUCAUUGAGCUCAACCCCAUCUACCCCAAAGAGAAGGACAUCGCCCUCAUAAAGCUGAAGUCCCCACUCACAUUCUCAGACACAAUCAGGCCCAUCUGCCUGCCCUUCUUUGAUGAGGAGCUCGCUCCAGCCACCCCAGUCUGGGUCAUCGGAUGGGGCCUUACGGAAGAGAAUGGAGGGAAGAUGUCUGACAUACUGAUGCAGGCAUCAGUCGAGGUCAUUGACAGCAGAAAGUGCAAUGCAGAGGAUUCGUACCAGGGGGACGUCACUGAGAAGAUGUUGUGUGCAGGCAUCCCGGAAGGGGGCGUGGACAGCUGCCAGGGUGACAGUGGUGGGCCCCUGAUGUACCAGUCUGACCAGUGGCAGGUGGUGGGCAUUGUCAGCUGGGGCCACGGCUGCGGGAGCCCGCACGCCCCGGGAGUGUACACCAAGGUCGCAGCCUACCUCAACUGGAUCUACGGUGUCCGGAAGGCUGAGCUGUAAUGCUGCUGCCCCUCUGCCGUGCUGGGAGCUGCUUCCCCUGUGCCCUGCCCACCAAGGGACCCCUGGAGUCAGACACAGAGCAACAGCCCCUUGGGCACACCUCUCCGCCCACACCUCAGCAUUUCUUGAAGCAGUAAAGAGCUGCCCGUCCUCUAACAGGCCCCCACAGCCCAGAGGCACCCUGAAGGGAGUGGGCAGCCCCAGGCCAGCCACCCCCUGGUGCUCCCAGCAUUCCAGGGAGAGAGGGACAGCCCACUGAACGAGCCAGCCGUGGGCUGAGAUUUCGGAGCAUCGCUAAGCCGAGAAGGAACUUUCCCACUCUGCUGAGUGGAAGUACGCUCUAUCCUGAGAGCCCAGAUCACCAAGGGCUGGAGUGGAGGAGGAAAGGGUGUGAGCCAGCCCUCUCCUUCUCCACCCAUCCCCAAGCCCACCUGAGCAAGAAACCAGUUGUAAUGUAAAACGCUCUGUCACACUGUAGGCCACUACUGUUACCUCCUGUUAUUAUUGUUACCUCUGUGGCUGCUGCCAUUAAACAGGUAUGUGAAAUCGUCA